UAAGAAGCACAAAGCUGAAAAUCCAGACACUAAGGCUAGCACAACACGGCAAAAUGAGGACAUCUUCAGUACCCUGUUGGAUUCUCGGGCUGCCAAGGGCGUCAACACGUGUCCAACUUCUUGUCAAGUUAUCUACAGCACCUUCACUGGUUCGCAAGUCUCAGACGGAUGUUUGCAGAACUUCUGUGUGAUACCAAAUUAUAUAGUGACAUGCUCCACUGGUGACAAAGGAUGGGAGAUCAGUGUCAACUCCUAUUCAGGAGAGGUAGGUGAGCUGUUAUGGAGAAAACACAUUCCAGUUGCAAACUGUUGCAAUGCUUUGCACCAACAGCGUCCCCCUAGACUGUACGUAGUUCAACCCCCAGGGCAGUCUGGAGGUCAUUCCCAAGGUCGUGCAGCAGAAACUUUAGACCUGUCUGCAGAACUCUUCUCAGCGAUUUUUGGAGUCACCCCAAAUCUGCUGGACUGUCCCAUGCUCAUCCUGGGCCUCCCAGACGGGCGUGUGUGUACGUUACCUCUGAAGGACAUGGCGGGAUUCGCCAAACCGGCAACAACCGGUCACCUGUACCACCUGCAGCAGUCUGUAGUGUCUGUCCAUGCAUUAACGCUGGUGAGAGACCAAUCUGCAACACCAGUGGGAGACAACAUGUUAGUGCUAGUUGGAUCUGAAGGCAAGGUCGUGUUGGUUCGAGCGGGAAAGUGUUCGUCUGCACCUGUCUUUAAGGAGUACCAGGUCCCUGGUCCUGUCCUUGACUCAGACUGCGGGAACGGUAAACUGGUUUACUCGACUGGGACGGAACUCUGUGUCGUGACCUUCAAGAACAACAAAGGUCAGGAACAGGGGGUGUCAGAUCUAGAAGUUUUCCCAGACAUGUUGAUGCCUCAGAAGUAUAACCUUGGACAGGUGCUCAAGGUCAUGGUUACAAGCGACAGAGAGGAUGGACAACAAGAUGGCCUUCCUGUGCUAGCUGUGACACGACAGGGCUGUGUGCUCCACUCAACUUUGUCUGACAAACCCACAGAACCAACCCUGCACACCAAACACCUACUGGAGGGGCUGGGCAACACAGCCAACAAGAUGGCAACUCUGACUCAAGUACUCCAAGAACAAAACAAACGUCUCAAACAGUCGAACCUUGUCUCAGAAAUCAUUUCAGGGAUGAAAAACAGCGGAAAAGAGCUUUUCAAGUGUGCAACAACCCUGCAAGCAGGCCCUGAUGACACUGGGUUAGGUAGAGUGACUUUCCGUUGCACCAAUGUAAGUUCUUGGACAUUACAUGAAGAAUGGAGGUUGUCAGUACAGGUAGAGGUUUGUGACCACAAAAUGGCUGGUUCCCAGGCUAAGAUAGCCCGGCUCCAGGACUUAAGGCCGGGUUCUGUCAAAGAAGUUUCUCUACCAGUGAAAAUAGUAGACAUCCCAUGUCAGGUGAUAGUCACAGGUACACUGUGUUGUCAGGUGGGGGAGACAGGUGUGCAGAGGGCAACAGGUGUGACACCUGGGAGAACAAAGACUUCAACAGGUGCACGGGGAGGGACAGGUGUGUCAUGUGAAACACCUGACACCUGUUGGGUUGGGAUACCUGUGUUUAGGAAGACCCUAGACAUACCAGCAAGUGGUGGUGACAGUACGGACAUGUUAGCUCUAAGGCAAGGGAAUGCUACCAGCUGUAUACUAGACAUUUUACUACAACAGGGGUGCCAAUGACUGGUAAACCAGCAAUAUUUCUAGACCUUCUUUCAAUCCAGAGAUAUACACUGAGUAGUAUCAUUUUAAAGA